AUGGCUACCGGGCUGGAGGCGGUUGGAGCUGCUAGCGCUAUUAUUCAACUCAUUUCUUUCGCCGGAACGCUUGCAUCCCUGGCUUUCCAAAUUCACGAUGGUAGACCUACCCCCGAAAAUGAGCUAGAAGAGUACGCAGCAAAGAUGUCGGAUGCGGCAAAGCGAGUGCAGACUCGAGCCAAACAGGUGCCCCAGAUAACACCUGAAGAGAAGAAGCUAUUCCAGGUCGCUCAAGAAUGUGUGGCUGCGGCCGAAGGCUUGAGGAAGGAAGCACAAAGUGUCACCAAAGGGUAUCAUAAGGGCAAAGUUCUCAAAGCCGUCAUCGGCGCUAUCCGGGCUAGUCACCACAGGAAAAAGGUACAGGACUUGGAUUUGUCUCUGAAAAGAUGCAAGGGGAUCAUGGAAACCGAGCUUCUUCAGAAGAUAUGCAACAAAAGUGACGCGGUAGAACAACAGCAGAGUCAAGCAUUUCAGAAACUAGACAGUGAUGUACAGACUCUUAUCACUCAGAUCGCGAGCGGAAACGUAAAUAUCGAAGAUCUGCUCAUCCAGGAAUCGAAAGCAACGAGGGACAUGAUCAGCACGAGCCUCGCCAGCGAAUUCAAGGCACUUGACAUCCGAACGGUGACGGAAGCCCAACGGCAACGUCUUCUUAAGAGCCUCAAAUCUGAAGAAAUCAGAAAGAGAUACAACGAUAUCAUGUCUCCAUCAGAUGCCUGCUUCGAGAGGGUCUUUGCCUCGUACGAGCGAGUUUGCUCCCAAGACCCGAAACACAAAGCCUGGUCUAAGUUCGAUGAGGCUUUAAAUCUCCGCAAGUCUGAACAAAUAUCGGAAGAAGAGGUCGAUGAAGUUGAUCGGUCUUGGGACAUAUUCUGUUCGUGGCUCCGGUCGAACGAUAAUGUCUUCUGGGUUCAAGGGAAGCCAGGAUCUGGGAAAAGCACAUUGAUGAAGUUCAUUAUCGAUAGCAACAACACCACCAGGCUGCUUGAAUCUUGGGACCAGAACGCCAGAGUCUUGUCAUACUUCUUUUGGAAGAUCGGCAGUGAGUCGCAAAACAGUAUCAGGGGACUUUUAUGUUCAUUGCUCCAUGACAUCUUGUUCAACGACAAUGGUGCGACAGAAGGGGUUUUACAUCAAUUCGCUUUCUCCCAAUCCAAAGACUACUACAAGGAAUGGUCAACUGAAGAAGUGGAUGAAGUCCUGUUCUCGCUUCUACAUACUUCGAGUCGCUUCACAUGCAUCUUUAUUGACGGUUUGGACGAAAUUUCCGAUAAAGAUGGCUUCCGGACGCUCAUGACCAUUGUCGAAAGGCUGCGGUCAUGUCCAAAUGUCAAACUCUGCACAUCUAGCCGGCCUGAAACAGAGCUAGUAUCCAAAAUCGAAGCAAUGAGGGCGUCUAGUCUACGGCUAGAAGAUCUCACCAGACCUGAGAUGGCUGUCUACAUACAUAACAAACUUGAUCGAUUUUCAGCACAAAUAUCUGCAUUAGCAUUUGAAAGGUUUGAAGCUAUACUUCUCCAUAAAGCCCAAGGUGUUUUCCUCUGGCUAUUUCUGGCAAUAGCGAGUCUCACGAAUGGAAUUGAGAACGGCGACGAUGAGAGCACUCUUUCCGAUAGGCUUGAUGAACUUCCUGUGGAGCUGGAAGACCUCUACGAAAGUAUGUGGUUGAGACUAGGUGGUAAUAAUCGAGUAUAUCGAGAGACUGCUGCAAAAUACUUUAAUUGCAUCAUUUACGGUGGAUGGGACUCUUACAUCACCUUGGCUGGUAACUCAUCAAACUGGCUUGCAAACAAUGUCCCUACUCUAGCUCAUCUAUCGCUAGUGACGAAAACUGAAAGCCAGAUCUUUUUCCCUCCUAGGCCGCAACUGAAGGAUCUGGAAUGGUUGAGCGGAUUAUGCAGGAAGACAGCAGGAGACAUCAGGACUCGGUGCGCUGGAAUGCUCCAGAUUGGCAGAACAUCGAUUCGUCACAGAGAAGGUUACGAGACCAAAGCCGUUCUAUCUAAGAUCUCGCCACUUACACUACGAGUGGGCUUUAUUCACCGCACAGCUCACGAUUUCCUUGUCAACACUGAAUCUGGGCAAGCUAUCCUCAAUUACACCACCGGCGAUAGUGCAUCACUUGAUCUAUAUACAGUGUUAAUCAAGGCUUGGUUGUAUUUGGUAGGCUUGUACCACACCAAUCAUUUCCUUUACAUUGAGGGAACUAGACUUUUCUGGGAUGAACUGAUGUAUUCUAAACUUCCGCCGGAUGAUAAAUGGGUGCUCUUUGAGGUAGAUAUGCGGUUUCUCCUGUUGCAGCUGAUGUCUCUUCUCAAGGACUGCGAGUUACCUUCUCAUGUCGACAAACUGCAUGACAUAGUGGAGUCGUUCGAAAAAGCUCAUGUACGUGUCUCGCAUAUCGGUGAAACAAGAGUUCUGGGAAAACCGGUUUGCUAUCGAGUUUUGGCUCAAGGGCCUUUCCAGGAGCUUAUCAACAACUUCUAUGAGCCUCAGAACCUAACUGAAAUGGUUGUCUCUGAGAUAGUAUCUCUUAUGGACCGGUUUAGCGACAUGGAUGAUAGCGAUGGUACUUCUGAUUCUAGGCUGAAGUCAUUUGAGGGGAGUUUUGUGAAGGUUCCUUAUGCCGAAGAGCUGGAUUUCCUUGCCAAACAAGUCCGAGGGUUACACAGGGUUAGUCGGUGA